AUGCUGGGGUUCGGCAAGAAACGCGAGGGCGAUGCCUCUGACGAAGCCCCUCAUGAUGAAGUGCACACGCCUCAAGACGACGUCCCCCAAAGACCUUGGAUGGAGACUGCCCUCCCAGUGUUUGCUUGCGGUGCUGGUCUUUUCUCAGAUGGCUACAUCAACAACGUCAUUGGUUCCGUCAACACCACCUUGAAACGACAAUAUGGAGAUGUUUAUGCCAACUCUAAUGCCUUCAAAUACGUUUCUGAUAUCGCCUUCGCUGGAACAGUCGUUGGCCAGCUUGUCUUUGGUUUCCUUGCUGAUCAUUGGUCGCGAACUAAUACCCUCAUGGUUUCGACUGUUAUUCUCAUCAUUUUCACUGCUCUGGCAGCUGGGUCUUACUGGCAUGGACAGGCGGUCGGAAUGUUUAACAUGCUGACCGCUUGGCGAUUUUUCGUCGGUAUCGGUAUUGGAGGUGAAUAUCCCGCUGGUAGUGUCGGAUGCGCCGAGUCCAGUGGCCAGAUGAAGAAAGGAACCAGAAACCGUUGGUUCAUUCUCUUCACAAACUCAAUGAUCGACUUUGGCUUCGUCAUUGGCGCUUUCGUCCCUUACGUUGUUGCCGCCGCAUGCCAUAAUGGCCACUACAGCACCAUCUGGAGAACCAGUCUCGGCAUUGGAGUUGUCUUCCCUCUCGUCCUGUUCGUUCUUCGGCUUCGACUCAAGGAGCCCGAGGAAUUCGCCAAGGAGUCGAUGAGACGCCAAACACCAUACUCGCUGGUUCUGCGCUACUACUGGUUCCGUCUCCUCUGUGUCAGCCUGGUUUGGUUCCUCUAUAACUUCUCCUCUUACGCCUUUGGUAUCUACUCCUCCUCGAUUCUUGCCGGUAUCUAUGGCGAUGGCGCAAAUCUAACCACUGUUUUUGGCUGGAACACCGUCAUCAACAUGUUCUAUCUGCCAGGUACUCUUAUUGGUGCAUUUGUCAGUGACUGGAUCGGCCCUCGAUACACUCUUAUCCUCGGUGUUACUCUCCAAGCCAUCGUCGGCUUUAUCAUGGCCGGUGUUUACGACAAGAUCUCCACCCAGAUUGCGGCUUUUGCCGUCGUCUUCGGAAUCUUCCAAGCUCUUGGUGAACUCGGUCCCGGAAACAAUAUCGGUCUUCUCGCUGCAAAGACAUGUGCUACUGGUGUCCGUGGCCGAUACUACGGUAUCGCUGCUGCCGUUGGCAAGAUUGGUGCUUUCGUCGGUACCUAUGUGUUUCCCUACAUCCAGGCCGCUGGAGGAAACAAGACUGAGUCCGCCCAGUACCCUUUCUGGGUCUCAUCCAGUCUCUGCAUCCUCUCAGCUCUCAUCGUGUUCUUCUGCAUCCCCCACGUUGGACAAGACACCAUUACUGUUGAAGAUCAAAAGUUCCGUGAAUACCUGCAGGCCAAUGGAUACGAUACUGCGCAGAUGGGCUUCGACUCUGUUGGUAUCGAGGGCGGAGAAGUGAAUGUCACAAAAGCAGACGAGAAGUGA